AUGUCUAGUUGUCAAUGUUUAGAUUGUGGUGGUAGAAUUAACAAAAAAAUAUUAAUUUCUAAAAAGGAAUUAAAUGACCCAAUAUAAUCUAACUCUAAAUUAAGAUUUCCAAUCUCACCUUAGUUGUCAAUUUAGCCACAAUAUGUAAGACCAUCUAAUCGAGAUCUAAGUUUAGUUGGAUCACCUUCUCAUUUUAGUAUCAUUUUAUUUUUAUUUUUAUGUGAAAAACAUUCCAAAUAGAUAAUUUAAAAAAGUAAUCGUGUGUCUGUAAUGCCAGUAAUCUAAUUAAUAAAAGCAUAAAAUUUAAUGAAAAAAGUUAGUGAAACUCAUAAAAUAGAAAAGGAAAUAAAAACAAAAAUGAGCAUAUCUACUCAUAAUUUAUUUAAUAAGGUUUAAUAAAAGAUGAUUAUUAACAAUAAUCAUAAUACUGAUAAAUUAAAAUAUAUUUAAGUAAUAGAAAAUAAGAAUUCUAAAGAAAUAACAAAUAAAUUACAUAAAUACACAUCAAAUUGUGGUUAAUUUAGAAUUAAAACAGAAUCUUAUAAUUAUAACUUUGCUUCAAAUAAUUAGAAGAUUUCUGUUAUUAAUAUACCAAAUCUAACCCAUUUAGAAAAUCUAAACAAAAAUAGUAUAAGCAUAUAUGAAUCAAAGACACCCAGACUUUUUUUGGCCAGAAGUGAAACAUAUAAUCUAAAACAACCUUUAACCUAAAGACUUAUGUGUACAUAUCUUAAAAAAUUAAAUAUUAAUUCUAAAUUAAUAAAAAAUAAUAAUAAAGUUUGA